GAGGAGGCGCGGCCAGGGCGGGGCGGGGCCGCACGGUAGGUACGGGCCACCCGGCCUCCUUGGCUGGGCUUUCUGCACCCCGAACCCGGCCUUUUCCCGCCCCCGCUGGGCCAUUUAGCCACAGACUCCAGCGGGAAUCUCCUUCCCAGACCUAUUUGGAAUAAAAAGGCUCCAGCUGUGUCUCUCUGUGUGUGUACAUAUGUAUGUACCUGUUUGGGCACAGUGAUCCAGGUUCCUUACAGUCAUCCAGCUUGAAAACAUGUGAUGGGUUUGAAAUUUGGACCAACGUCGAUUAUCUGAAGACUCGCGUGUGUGAGAUGUCUGCACCCUCUUGAGCUUCCCUGUCUCCCACCGUGGCACCUUGUACCUCUGGUUAAACCUGUCGUUCAGUUUCUUCAGAAGAGGAAGAAGGGGUUUCAUUUCCAGAGAGCGUAUGCCGAUUCACAUGUCACAUCGAGAGCUACUGUUCAUUGUCCUCAAGUUCUUCAUCAGAACAUGUCACGGCACAGCUGGACGCCCCCUGUGACAGCCACACAGCGCAGAAGGGGAUCUGACUAGUUCCUGCCCUGCCUGGAGACCUGUUGACGUGCACUCCCAUUUGCCAGUUGAAAACUGUUCCUUCGCCAGUGUGCUGAGAAACAAGUGUGAGCCUGAGGGUCUGUUUCAGAGAAGCACAUGGUUUAUACCAGCCAUGUCACCAGCCGGAUGGGCUCCACAACCCUCUGACUCUGUGGGGCUUUGUCAGUCGUCACACUAGGAAUCGUUGACCUACAACGUUCAUGUUGAGUGUGUUGUGUUUUAAGGUUUUGAGGAAAAUGCAGAGACGACAUAGCAGCAACACUGACAAUGCUCCUCCUGAAAGAAACCGGAGCCAAACAGUCAGUUCUGAAACCAGCGUGGAUGAAAGCGGAGUUUUUGAAAGUCUGAAGGCCGAAGCUUCCUCACCGCAACAGCUGUUCUCAGGCCUGGCAGGAAUUCCAUCAGGCACCAUCACAGCCACGCCGUUCCAGUCAGGUUUGGUUCUGGGCUCUUCUGCAGGUGGUGGGGAGGUUUUCAUUCAGAUGCCAGCCCCGAGGGAGGAAGGGGCCAGUCGUACAGAAGGAGCCCCGUUUCACCACCGGCAGUCGUCACAUCAUUUCCACCACGGCCACCACCGGGGUUCGUCUCUGCUACACAUGGCAGGAGGGGACCGCCACGGGCAUGCUGAGGAAGGCAGCGACGAACAGGCUGGGACUCCAGCUCCAGCUCUUUCUGAGUUAAAAGCUGUGAUCAGCUGGCUGCAGAAGGGACUUCCCUUCAUCUUGAUCCUCCUGGCAAAAGUUUGUUUCCAGCAUAAGCUUGGGAUUGCCGUAUGCAUUGGGAUGGCCAGCACCUUCGCCUAUGCCAACUCGACGCUCCGAGAACAGGUUGCCCUGAAGGAGAAGAGGUCCGUGUUGGUUGUCUUCUGGAUCCUGGCCUUUCUCACCGGGAACACCUUUUACUUGCUUUACACGUUCAGCUCUCAGCAGCUGUACAACAGCCUCAUAUUUCUGAAACCCAACCUUGAGAGGCUGGACUUCUUUGACCUGAUGUGGAUUGUGGGGAUCGCAGACUUUGUACUGAAGUACCUCACCAUAGCGUUGAAAUGUCUGAUUGUUGCCCUGCCUAAGAUCAUCCUAGCUGUCAAGUCAAAGGGAAAGUUUUACCUGGUUAUUGAGGAGCUGAGCCAGCUGUUCCGCUCCCUUGUCCCCAUCCAGCUGUGGUACAAAUACAUCAUGGGAGAUGAUCCAUCUAGCAGCUACUUCCUGGGUGGGAUCCUGAUCAUCCUGUACAGCCUCUGUAAGUCUUUUGACAUCUGCGGUCGUGUGGGAAGCGUCCGGAAGGCACUGAAGGUCCUUUGCACCCCACAGACCUAUGGAGUUCGUGCCACCAGCCAGCAGUGCAGUGAGGCAGGUGACAUCUGUGCCAUUUGCCAAGCAGAAUUCAGGGAACCUCUGAUCCUUAUGUGCCAGCACGUGUUCUGUGAAGAAUGCCUCUGCCUCUGGUUCGACAGGGAGAAGACCUGUCCUCUUUGUCGCUCUGUCACAGUAGAAACCCUGCGAUGCUGGAAAGACGGCACCACCUCGGCUCAUUUCCAGGUGUAUUAAACCCAGUACCUACGGAAUAACACGCGCAGAGAGAAGGAAAAGCUGGAAGACCUGGUGAUCCCACACCCCUGUUUAGUUGCCUGUGGGUCUGUUUUCCAAGAGCCAACAUAAUAAUUGUGACUAAUCGGAAACUUUAUCCUCAAAGGCAAGGGAGAUGUUUUACGUUAUGGCAAACUCAGUGGCUAAAUUACAGCCAAGGUUUUUUCUUGGUUGUAAACUGCCUGGGAUGUUUCCUUUUUUUUUCUGUCCUUUUAGCAUAGAUAAAGAUUGUGUGUAUAAGGAAAGCAUACUGUGAACUGCAUGUGUAUAACCUGGUAUACUGGAAAAAUCUGUCCCCUCUGGCUCAGAACAUUGAUUUUUCACAUUAAAUAGGGCUAACUUCCCUGAAUCUGUAA